GAUUUCACUUACGCAUAUCAAAGGGUAAUGACAUUGACUAACUUCAACAUUUACAUGUGAGUGAGUGAGCAUGACGGAAGAAACACCACAAAAUACAAUUUCCAUUGAAGAAGGAGAUGAAAAGAAUGCGACCUUCCAAUCUCUAGGGGUUGUUGAUGUUCUGUGUGAGGCAUGUGAACAACUGAAAUGGAAAGCUCCAACAAAAAUCCAGAGAGAAGCCAUCCCUGUUGCUUUGCAAGGAUCAGAUGUCAUUGGAUUAGCAGAAACUGGUUCAGGAAAAACGGGGGCAUUUGCCCUACCAAUUUUACAAACCCUUCUAGACAGCCCUCAGAGACUCUAUGCUCUUAUUCUAACACCUACAAGAGAGCUUGCUUUCCAAAUUUCUGAACAGUUUGAAGCUCUUGGGGCAUCAAUUGGAAUCAAAUGUGCUGUGAUUGUCGGAGGAAUUGAUAUGAUGACACAAUCCUUGAUGCUGGCCAAGAAACCUCACAUUGUUAUAGCAACUCCUGGGCGACUGGUCGACCACUUAGAAAACACAAAGGGAUUUAACUUAAGGUCAUUAAAAUAUUUGGUCAUGGAUGAAGCGGAUAGAAUUCUUAAUAUGGAUUUUGAACAAGAGGUUGAUAAAAUUUUGAAGGCGAUACCAAGAGAAAGAAGAACCCUGCUGUUUUCAGCUACCAUGACAAAAAAGGUUGCAAAAUUACAAAGGGCAUCCCUACAGAACCCAGUGAAAGUGGAAGUCUCCUCUAAAUACCAGACUGUGGAUAAACUCCAGCAGUAUUACUUAUUCAUACCAGUAAAAUAUAAGGAUGUGUAUUUGGUGUAUAUUCUGAAUGAGCUGGCAGGGAACUCCUUUAUGGUGUUCUGUAGCACUUGUGCUAACACACAGAGAGUGGCACUAAUGUUACGUAACCUGGGACUUACCGCAAUUCCCCUUCAUGGACAAAUGAGUCAGUCAAAGCGACUUGGGUCUUUGAAUAAAUUCAAAAGUAAAAACCGAUCGAUCCUUAUUGCCACUGAUGUAGCAAGCAGAGGUUUAGAUAUACCACAUGUUGAUGUUGUUUUGAAUUUGGACAUCCCCACACAUUCUAAAGAUUACAUUCAUCGAGUUGGCAGGACGGCAAGAGCUGGUCGUUCAGGUGUAGCCAUCACCUUUGUUUCACAAUAUGAUGUGGAAUUGUAUCAGAGAAUAGAACACCUGAUAGGUAAAAAGUUACCUUUGUACAAGACAGAGGAAGAGGAAGUGAUGCAGCUGAUGGAGCGAGUGACUGAGGCACAGCGAUAUGCCAAAAUGGAAAUCAAUGAAACAGAGCGAGGGAGGAAGAAACGUAAGAAUGAAGAUGAUGAAGCUGACGACACAGAAGAAUCACUAGAUGUUCCUGAUGAUACACCGGAAACUAACUCGCUGUUACGAUGCCAUGAGUUGCCAGAUUUCAGUGUACCACCAGACAAAAUUAUUACUGGAGCAGCAAAACUUGCUCAGGAUUAUGAUAUGGCAUUUCAAGAUCAUUUAAAACAGUUACAAGAGUCUGAGGACCCUCCUACAUUUGAAUCUGUUAUUCACCCUAUAGAGAAGGCCAGGGUACCAUUAUAUUACUGUUUGUACACAGGCAAACAGCUGGGUGUGGGAAAAGCUGGAAGAUAUUAUGAUGCAUUCUUGAAGACAUUAGAUGUUGCUGGUCCAGUAGAAUCAGAGAGGUGGUAUGGAAAAAGCCUGUACAAAGCUUUGCUGAGUGUACGAAACAAUGGGAACCUCACAGAAACCCAGUCACGAUUAAUUGACCUCUAUAUUCAUGAAUUCAUACGUAGUGGAGCAGAGCUAAAGGAGACACAAAAAAAGGGGCUUUCCACAAUUACAAAGAACAUCUUAAAAGAACAGGAUAAAUACAGGAAGAAUAUGGACAAUGCUUUAAGUCUAUCUUCUCGCAAGAUUGAUGAGACUUACAUUCAUGGUAUUCCUCUUAGUGUUCUUCAGUACAUGGUGCCUCCAGGGUCUGAUCCCAGAAAGGGUCCUUGGAGAAUUAUUCAUCAUCCAUCAGUUUAUUCUGGUAUACUUAAAUACUGUCAACUUGGAUCACUGAGGAAAGAAGUCUGGAUAAAAAAGGUCAGCUUGGCUGGUAGUGAUAUGAUGGAAAGACAUUCCAGCAAUAUACAUGCAAUUCAUGGAAUUGUUCAAAACAGACAUCUGUUAGCCACAAAGCUAGGAUACAAAAGUUAUGUGGAUUUUGUAUUGGAGAGAACAAUGGCGGGAAGCAUGGAUAAUAUUGUCAGUGUGCUGGAUAUGAUGAAGAACAAACUGUAUGACAUUGUGAAGAAUGAUAUCGAGAUCCUGAAGGAAUAUUCCAACAAAACAGAAAUAGAACACUGGGACUUGGAAUACUUUCGGCAAAGGAGAAUGGAGGACAUUUACAAUCUUGAAGAAAUUGAUCAGUUUUCUGAAUACUUUCCGUAUACCAAAUUCAGAGACAAUUUCUUUGGUCUUUGUACCAAGCUGUUUGGUAUAAAAUUUCAGGAGCGAAAUGAUUGCAGCACUUGGCAUGAGAAUGUUGAAGUAUUUGAUGUUAUAGAAGAAGAUGGCACUGUUGCAGGAACAAUGUAUAUAGACCCUUUUGCCAGAAAUAGCAAAGUGGAUCAUACUUACUAUGAGAUGGGAAGAGACAGAAGCUCUGUGAUUGGUACCACACCAUUGAUCUAUGCUUCUUUGAGAAGUUCACCUCCGUUAGACCGAAAUUCACCCAGUCUCUUGAGUAUUGGUGAUAUGUACAGUUUUGUCAUGACUAUGGGUUGCAUGCUACAGUGUAUUCUGUCCAAGGCCCCUUACAGUGAGCUGUCUGGGAACAGGUAUAUGGAGCCAGAUGCCCAGAACAUUGUGUCUUACACGUUGCUGAAUGUGGUGUACUUCCCAGAAGUGUUUCAAUCUCUCAGUAGCCACUACUCCUCUGGCAAAAAAAUCUCAACUGAACUGUUAGAGAAGGUGAUAGGAGCACAACAACACAUGCAGUCAUUUGAUGUUCUAGAUGAAGUUUUCAAAAGUGCUCUGGAUUUGGAAUUUUAUCUAGAGGAAACACGUGGCACAUUUAUCAAAACCCCGGAGUCUACCCCUGAACAGUUUAGAAGGCUCUACAAAGAGUUCAUGCCAAUGCCACUUCAUCCUAAAGAUGAGAGAUUUUGCACAUUUCAUGACAUCUUCAUAGGCAGUAGUAGCUGUUUGUACUAUUCUGACACUUGGGCUAAAAUGGUUGCAACUGAUGCUGCCUCAGCUUUCAAAGAAGUUCUCAAUGAUGAUGAAAAAUUAGCCAUUGUAGGAAGAAGAUUUAGGGACACAUAUUUAACAAUGGGAGCAGGAGUUGAUCCCAAAACUGUAUUCAGAACUUUCAUGGGAAGAGAUCCUACUCCAGAACCUUUCCUAUCCAAAUUCACGGAGGAAAAUUCUACUACAGCAGAAGAGUGAUAAGAAGUCUGUGAUAUCUGGAUAGAUGGACAAUUUAGCUUCAUCAUCACUAGUGUGUUGUCAGAUGACAGAAGCAUCAGAUUAUUCUGUUGCGAAGAAACAAACUUUAAAAACAAUUUUUCGCUUGCCUGAGCUCAAGUGAGUUUUUCUGAUUGAAAUUUGUCAUUCGGCCAUUUGUAAACAAAUCCAUCUGCUAGUGGACUAAUUUCAACCAAAUCUAGCACAAAACAUCUCAAAGUAAAUUCUUUAAAACAUUCUCACUUCAGAAUAAGUUAGGUUCAAGUGUCAAAUAAAUAUGAUCUUGUCCCAUGAGUCAGUGUUGGGUUUCAAUCGGGUGCCCAGUUGUUUAUACAUGUGGUUCAUCAACAUGAGCAAUCAAAAAAUGGUGAGUUUUUGUGGUCUAUGGUCCCUAUUUGUUUUUUUGAUUAUAUAUAUAUAUAUAUAAAAUAAAGACAAGACAUGUGCAUACA